CCCGGUAUCGCCAGUAGGUAGUAGAGACGGACGGUUGGCACUAAGUGGUGAAGUUCUACAAUUAGAUUUAAAAGUCAGUACAUGCAAUUGGUAAUAAGUUACAAGAAAUCAGUAUGAAAUUGUAAAAAAUUUGAACGAUCAUUUUGUAUUUGUUAAAAGAUCUGUAGUGCGACAUGAACUCAAGAGUUUGAACUGGUUCCGACAGCCAUUACGCUCGCACAUUCAACUUGGCAAAUACAUAGUUAGAAAUAAUACUAAUAAGCUUAUGUUUGUGUUAAUGUUGAAUUUGUGUUUGUACGAGACGCAACGAAGAGUGAUCGUGUUAAAUUAAUGUCUAAUAAAAAUGAAAAUAGAAUUAAAGAUGGCCGCCAAAAUAUCAGUGAAGUUGCUAGGAUCUUAAGAGAACCAAAAAUAACUACGUUACACCUGUUAAUAAAAAAUCAAACAAAAUAACACAACCACCGUAUCUACACACGAAGUUGGCCUUUCUACCAACAUGAUAAAGGCAACAAAAGAAGCACAAACUCUAACACAAUCGAUCGACAAAAGCAACUAGCAAGUAAUCAGCUGCUUUAGUACACGUGGUUACAUAUGUAUUAGUGAUUUAUAGAGCACUAUCACAAACCAUCGUUUAACAAGACAUUCAAGUUGAUUUUAUUGGAAUAAAUUGCCGAUUGCCAACGACCGAGUUUCAAGCUCUUCUUAAUUAAGCAACCAAACAAAUAAGACAACGGAGAGUAAAAUGAAAAGAUAUUGCACAACAUUAAACAUAUUUUGAUGAAAAUUCACCAAUUCACCACAAGCUGCUAGCAAUCAAUUUGCGCUAAUUGAUCAAGGAAUGAAGCUUGAACUUUUCCAUUUACCUCAAGUUCAACCUUCCUAAAAUAUAUUCAACUGGGAUUAUGGCUGAGUCUGGCAUAAAUAUGGAUUUCGAUCUUGAAUAUUUUCCGAUCGAAGAUUUGGAUUUACUUUCUACUGAAGUCCAAGUUGCUGGAAGAUCGGAUAAUGUUGAAUUCUAUGAAUUGAAGGCAGCCACCCGUUCUGUACGAUUCGAUGACAUAUAAUUUAACAGAGUUUCAGGAAUUUCUACAACGAAUACAAACUCUCCGAAUGACUACCACAAAAGAUAAUUUAAAUCAAUCAAACGAAAGCAAAAAAAAUCAGAAAAUGAGUGAUCCUAAUGUAGUCGACCCAAUGCUUGGAAUUGAGGUUGGCGUUGAACCUACUGCCUUGAUGGAUUUUGACGAAACUAAUAACGAUAUUGUACAACCAGAGAUAGGUUACACACAAAUAGAGCAAACCUUAAAAAAUGAGGAACAAAACGUCCUCUCUCAUUUCCAUUCAGCAUUGUCUAUUAGCUCUAAUGAUGAUAACAAACAAUCUGAAGGUAAUGUACGAGUAACUGUUGGAAUAGACAAAGACUUGGAAAUGAUAUUAGAAAUGGAUCCAAGCAUAGUGGACUUAGGGGAUAUUGCAGUCACGGAGCCGGUUGAACCAAAAGUUAUUGGCUUACCGCCGUCAACAGGGGGCCCUACAUUCAAAACUACUGUUCCAAAAUCUCGUACUCAACUUAAGCAACAAUUGCAACGUGAGCAGCAGCAGCAAGAGUUGGAGCGUCGUGAGGCAGAAAAAAGAGCUACGGCUGCAGCUGAAGUUGCUGCAUUACAACAGCAAGUGGAAUCUUAUAUAACACAGCAGAUACCAAAUUUAAACAAUAGCCAUCAAUUGCAUACCCAACAUAUGAUGGGUAAUAGUAACACUUGUGGAGGUUAUAGACAAGCGCCCAACAGUUUUGGAACAAAUUUCAAUGAUGUUCAAGGGAACCAACAAAAUUACUUUACUAAUCCUCCGUCAGCAACUUCUUCUGGAGCAAGUUCUAGUCCGGUUAUGUUAAAGGGGCCUCUUCAAAGUAUCGGUGUUGAUGUUCCAAAACAAGUUUUACAGGUACGGACAGUUUUAGAAAAUCCCACCCGUUACCAUGUCAUUCAAAAGCAGAAAAAUCAAGUUCGACAAUAUUUAAGCGAGUCCUUUAAAAAUGAAUGGGAGAACAAAAGUAUACCCAACCCCACAGCAAUGCCAAAUAUAAAUCGUGAAUCCAAUCAAUCUCCUAAUUUUAUUAAUAUUUCAAAUUUUGGUGGAUCCAAUGGAGGAACAGACAUAAGCACUAGACAUUCUCCACAAUUACAACUCACUUCGAAUGCAGUAACACCCAUUCUCGAUGAUCAUAUGCAAUUAUCACCCUCUUCUUAUGGUGUAGACGGUACCGGUAAUAAUAUGACAACUGCUGGCAGUUGUCUAUUUUUUCUUCCAAAUGACCAAAGUUCGGUGAAAAGUGUUGGAGGUGAUAGCGCGUACAAAAAUUCAAUUGGCGGUAAUUCCUCAAGUUUAAACGGUGGCAAGAAUAGCGUAAUGGGUGUAACAAAUGGUUUAUCUCUUGGGGGACGUUCAUCUGGACCAGUAAAUUCACUAAGAAAUGCAAAUUGUUCUAAUGUAUCCACGGCUAGCCCAGUCCAAUCAGCACCAAUGUCACCUUUAAGUUCCGUAGCAACAAGUGCAUCUGAACUCCUCUUGUUUGACAGUGAUGCGGACGAUUGCCUAUUUGAUGCAGAUCUAAAAUUUGAUAACUUUUCAUCCGAUUUGGCUAUAAAACAAGAACCACAAUCCCUCACUGAUGCGGAAAUGCAUGCGUUAGUUAAGGACCGACAGAAAAAGGAUAACCAUAAUAUGAUUGAGCGCAGAAGACGUUUUAACAUAAACGACCGCAUUAAAGAACUGGGCACGUUACUACCAAAAACAAACGAUCCAUACUACGAAGUCGUACGUGACAUUCGUCCAAACAAGGGCACAAUACUUAAAUCGUCUGUCGAUUACAUCAAAUGUCUUAAACAUGAAGUAUCGCGGCUAAAACAAAAUGAGCUACGCCAACGUCAAAUGGAAAUGCAAAAUCGAAAGCUUUUAAAUAGAAUAAAGGAAUUGGAAAUGCAAGCUAAGUCGCACGGAAUACCAUUAAGUGACUUUAAUUUAACAUCAGUGUCAGCACCAGCACCAGCAUCUUUCCUCAAAGGAACCAGUCCUGCUUCACCAUUGUCACAUAAUAAUCAUUCAACAUCAUUAAUUCCAGAUAUGGUAGAAAAAUUAUCUGUUAUAACAAGUGAAGCCAACCUCAGUAUUACUCCAAUAGAUGACCUUAUGGAAGACAGCAAGCAUCCUGUGCAAUGCGGUGAUCCGUUGUUGUCCUCAAACAUUAAUCACUUCUUCUCAGAAGCACAUUCGCCAACAGCAGCGCAUCUGCAAUGUUGCAAUAGCUUCGAUGGUCAUGAUUGUAUUGUUGACAAUGGCCACGAGUGUCAUAAUCCCAACUGCCAGAAUAAUGCGAACUCACUAGAGGACCUCUAUCAAAACACCGUUACUUCGUCAGCGUCAACAGGGACACAUAUAAAUAAUAACUGUUGCAGCAGCAAUAGGAAAAAUAUGGGUAAUUCAGUAUGCUGCCUAACGACAAAUUGUCAUCAAACCAAUCAUAACCAUAACCGUCAACAACAACCCCACCAACAACAACAGCACUCGCAGCAAGAAAUUAAACAUUGCUGCGAUAACAAUCCCUACUUAUCUCACUCGCAACAUCAAAUGUCGGCCAUGGGCAAUAACAACGAUAUCGGUUGCCUCUCCAAGUCACCAUCGACUUUGCAACACGGCCGAGAUCCCUUGUUAUCUUCCUCGCACCACCAACACGUGGACCAAAAUCUUAACGGUUUGGAGUCAUCAUCUCUUCAGCAUCAUAAUCAUCUGCAUGACGACGAACAUCAUGUUGGUGCAUCACACGCUUCUGAUGAUUUAUCUAGUGCAAUGAUGAGUGAUUCUCUUUCACUAGUCUCAUCAGCUACAAAUGAUCCUAUGCUAUUAUCGCCUGAUUCCUUGGACAUAGACUUGGCAUGAUAAAAUGGCAAACACACAAACUUUAUUUAUAUUACCUACGAAUGUAUUCUAUAAUAGAACAAAAAUGAAAGUACUACAGCUUGUGUAUCAGAAAAUUAUAAAAUACGCCUCAUACACAAUGUAUGUAUGUACAUAUAUAAUAUGUAAGUAACACAUAUGUUUACAAAUCUAUAUACGUACGGACACACAAGUGAUUGCAAGUAUGUGUACCUGUAUAUGGUACAUUUAUUUUGUUUUUCUUUUCUUAUCAUAGGAACAUAUAUUGUAUUGUUGAUUGUUACAAAAAUACAUAUUAAGACAUACAAAGUUUUAGGUUGAAAAUUUGCUUAAAAAGAUACAUUAAUAGAAAAUACAUAAAUGUUUUUAUGUAUUAAAUUAAUUAUGUAUAAUAUUGUAUUAUUAUUAAAUAGUGUAUUUGCUUAUAGGCAAACAGAGUUUUAGACUUUAAAGCGUGCAUUGAAUUCAGAUGUUAUAAUAUGGGUCAAUGUUACCACUGAAACUGUUUGAAAAGAUCGGCAUGUUUAUUUUAGUCAUAAUUUAAUCAAAUUUAAACACAUUAAAGGAAAAGGCCAGUUAAUUAAUUUUAGCACUUUCAUUUGAAAAUGAAAAAUGUUGUCAUUAUUGUUGUUUUUUUAGAAUUAAUUAAUAAACAUACCUAGACAUAAAUAAGCAGAAAUAUUGAGAGUUAUCUCAAAGUAAUUUCACUUUUAAUCCAUAUUUAAUAACUUAUAAGAAUUAUGGUAUAUUAAAUAGAAGUUUCAAAAGAUGAUUUGUAGAUUUAAUUGAAGUAUUAAAAGUAAUUUAAUUGUUUUAACAAAUUGACAAUGCACAAGAAUAUACUGAAUUGAUGAACAUUGUUGCAUGCACUAGAUAAAUGCCAAUAUAUACACAUCUGUGUUAACAAAACCCCCAAUGGUA